CGUCCUUUUUGCCCUUUUCAAUUGGAACAAAACUCAAACAAAUAACACCGUAUUACUUCGUACAGCUUUCAAUUUUCACCGCGUAACUCGAUCGGUCAAGCAUUCAAUUCAAUUCAGUGUAAAGAGAUUUUCUUCUAUGCCACUUAAAGAAAUAGGCGUCUGGUGAAAUUUGUUCAUGGCAGGAGGACAGUUGUAUUUCUUUCAAUAGGUACUCAGAUAAAUAAAAUAAUCUGUUGAGAGCGUGUGGAAUCCAGAUAUUUUAACUGGUGCCGGAGGAUAUUGACGUAAUACAAUUUGGGGAUUAAAAAUUAGAGGGAUGGGAGAAUCAGAAUUGGAGGAAGAAAAAAACAGGAAGAGGGAGGUGGGAUGGGGACGAAUCAAAUGGAUAGUGUUAGCAUUAAUUGGGAUUAUUGCAGCAAGUAUCGUUGCAUCUGUAUUACGCAUAGGCCCUACAUUUUCCUUACCGUCCUUGUCUAACAAGGUUUGCACUUGUCAGAGUCAAAACAAGCUAAGCGGUAUCGUGGAAGAUUGUUGUUGCGACUACGAAACUGUGGAUGCCCUUAACAAGGAGGUCUUGCAUCCCGUACUUCAAGAACUUACUAAAACCCCUUUCUUUCGUUAUUUCAAGGUAAGGCUUUGGUGUGAUUGCCCUUUCUGGCCUGAUGAUGGGAUGUGCCACCUUCGAGAUUGCAGUGUAUGUGAGUGUCCCGACAAUGAAUUUCCUGAAACAUUUAAAAGACCAAGUGGUCGUCUCUCUAGUGAUGAUUUAAUGUGUCAAGAAGGCAAGCCACAGGCUACUGUUGAUCGGACUGUUGAUAGUAAAGCAUUUGUGGGUUGGACAGAAACAGACAACCCCUGGACCUAUGACGAUGAGACAGACAAUGCUGAAAUGACCUAUGUAAAUCUUCAGUUAAAUCCUGAACGUUACACUGGGUACAUUGGUCCUUCAGCUCGAAGAAUAUGGGACUCAAUAUACAAAGAACAUUGUCUUGAAGAUGCAUUGGGAGAUUCCUCUCCAGAGAGGCGAGUUUUCUACAAGCUUAUUUCAGGGCUGCAUUCAUCUAUUUCAGUUCAUAUUGCAUCAAAUUAUCUACUUGAUGAAGCAAAGAAUCUGUGGGGACCAAAUCCAACUUUGCUAAAUAAUCGGGUCUUGAAAUAUCCUGAGCGUGUGACAAAUUUGUAUUUCACAUUCCUCUUUGUGCUUCGAGCGGUAACAAAGGCAUCUGACUACCUCUCACAAGCCGAAUACAGCACGGGAAAUCCACUAGAAGACAAAAAGACACUCUUGUUGGUGAAGCAACUUGUGUAUAACGAUCGUCUGCAAGCAGCUUGCCCAAUUCCAUUUGAUGAAGCCAAGCUUUGGAAGGGUCAAAAUGGGCAUGAAUUGAAAAGUCAAAUUCAGACGCAGUUCAGAAAUAUCAGUGCAUUGAUGGAUUGUGUAGGAUGUGAAAAAUGCCGACUUUGGGGAAAGCUGCAAAUUCUUGGUCUUGGCACAGCGUUGAAGAUUCUCUUCUCGGUGAAUGGCCACAAAUCUGAACCGUUACAGUUGCAACGGAAUGAAGUGAUUGCACUGAUAAAUCUUCUGAAUAGAUUAUCUGAGUCAGUUGAAACUGUUCGUGCACUGGCUUCCAUUGCUGAAGUGGCUGAAAAAGAAGGCUACAAUUCAGUACCCAUCUUUCAGAAUUUAUGAGGAUUUAUAGUAUCGUUUUGAUUUCAAGACGAGAGCAACUACAAGGACUAGCAAGUAAAAAUAGAAUAAGUGACCAAAAAGGUGUGGUACACAGCUAGCUUGGCGAUUUCAGAUGCGGUCAUGGGCUUGUUCUGAACAAAUGCCAUUACUGUGAUUGUACAGGGAUAAAAAGCACCUAGAUACUAUAGUUAUUCACGGCAAUUAACAAGGGUUGAAGGAUAAAAAGGAUGAAAAGGAAGUAACCCAAUUUGAGGGAAUUUAGAUCACCAUACGUUACUAUGUACAUAUCAACAUGCAUAUAAUUAUGAAUUUUUUCUUUUCUUGCA